AUGUCUUUGAAAAUAUUUUCUAGCAGAGUUUUGUUUAGAGUUUUGAACCAUGGUGUCGUCACCACAAGCAAACCGCUCAGGGCCCGAGAUGCUGCCGUGGUGGGAUGGAGCUCUGUGCGUGGCUACUACAACAUAUGGAAACCCAGGUACCCAGGACCGGGCAGGGCAGCCAUCACCCGGGUGGUGGACCUCCGCAGUGACAUGGUGGCCCAACCAGGGCCGGCAAUGAGGAAGGCCAUGGCGGAAGCCGAUCUUGGAGAUGACCUGAUGAGAAGAGACAUGGCUGUUGAAGAAUUAGAGAAAAUUACAGCUGACAUGUUUCAGAUGGAAGCUGCACUGUUUGUUCCGUCUGGAACCAUGGGCAACCUCAUAGCAGUGAUGGUGCACUGCAGAGAGCGAGGCGACGAGAUGAUUGUGGGCGAUCGUUCCCAUAUACACAUCUAUGAGCAAGGAGGGAGCGCACAGCUAGCAGGGGUUCAUUCCAUCACAGCGACCACUCUCCCUGAUGGAUCAUUUGACUUGGAGGAGCUGGAAUCAAAGAUCCGCCACGGCUACCCCAAACCCUACUACCCACGCUCACGCCUGAUAUGUUUGGAAAACACACACAAUGUUCAGGGAGGGCGUGUGCUGCCUCUGACCUUCCUGCAGAAGGUUCGUGCUUUGGCAGAUAGAUAUGGUCUGUCAGUCCACAUGGAUGGAGCCAGGGUGAUGAAUGCUGCUGUGGCCCAGAGGGUGCCUCCAUCCACCAUACUGCAGCACACACACACCGUCAGUGUGUGCCUCUCCAAGGGUUUGGGUGCCCCCGUUGGUUGCAUGCUGGCUGGACCUCAAGACUUCAUAUCCCAGGCGGUGCGGUGCCGUAAAGCUCUGGGUGGGGGGAUGCAGAAGGCUGGCAUAGUGGCAGCAGCUGGGAAAAUGGCUCUACUGGACAUGGUUGGAAGACUGGAGGAUGAUCACCACAAUGCAAAGACCUUUGCUCAAGCUCUGCACGAUUGUGACCCUCGUCUAUUCGCUGUAGACAUGGCCACCGUGGAGACAAACAUUGUGCGGUUCUACCUACAGGAGCCCAGUUUAAGCCCCUCUGAGUUCUGUGAGCGCAUGGCUCAGGUUGGCGAUGGAGAGGAGGCGGCACUGGGACAGGGGAUACAAGUUCUCAUGUACCCCUAUUUUGGAAAUUCAAUAAGGGCUGUAUGGCAUCUUGGGAUUUCCCCUGAAGAUACCCAGCUGGCCAUCAGGAAAAUGCAAUUUGUGGCUUCUGAGUACUUGGAGGAAAGAGUCAGAGCCCAGUGA